GGGCGGCGGCGGGCGAGCCGGCGCAGGAGCAGGAGGAGGGGGAGCCGCACCGCCUGGGAGGGAAGCCGGGGCGAGGCGAGGAGGUGGCGGGAGGAGGAGACAGCGGGGAAAGGUGUCAGAUAAAGGAGGGCUCUCCUCCGGUGUGGAGGCAUCAUGGCCGCUAAAUCAGACGGGAGGCUGAAAAUGAAGAAAAGCAGCGACGUGGCGUUCACCCCGCUGCAGAACUCGGACCACUCGGGCUCGGUGCAGGGAUUGGCUCCAGGCUUGCCGUCGGGGUCGGUAGCCGAGGACGAGGAGGCGGCCGGGGGCGGCUGCUGCCCGGACGGCGGCGGCUGCUCGCGCUGCUGCUGCUGCUGCGCCGGGAGCGGCGGCUCCGGGGGCUCGGGCGGCUCCGGCGGCUCCGGUGGCGUCGCCGGCCCGGGCGGCGGCGGGGCGGGCUCGGCGGCGCUGUGCCUGCGCCUGGGCAGGGAACAGCGGCGCUACUCACUGUGGGACUGCCUCUGGAUCCUGGCCGCCGUGGCCGUGUACUUCGCGGAUGUAGGAACAGACGUCUGGCUCGCCGUGGACUACUACCUGCGCGGCCAGCGCUGGUGGUUCGGGCUCACGCUCUUCUUCGUGGUGCUCGGUUCGCUGUCGGUGCAAGUGUUCAGCUUCCGCUGGUUUGUGCACGAUUUCAGCACCGAGGACAGCGCCACGGCCGCUGCUGCCUCCAGCUGCCCGCAGCCUGGAGCCGAUUGCAAGACGGUGGUCGGCGGUGGGUCUGCAGCCGGGGAAGGCGAGGCUCGUCCUUCCACGCCGCAAAGGCAAGCAUCUAACGCCAGCAAGAGCAACAUCGCCGCGGCCAGCAGCGGCAGCAACAGCAGCGGGGCUAUCCGGGCCAGUGGCAAGCACAGGUCUGCGUCCUGCUCCUUCUGCAUCUGGCUCCUGCAGUCACUCAUCCACAUCUUGCAGCUCGGGCAAAUCUGGAGAUAUUUCCACACAAUAUACUUAGGUAUUCGAAGCCGACAGAGUGGGGAGAAUGACAGAUGGAGGUUUUACUGGAAAAUGGUAUAUGAGUAUGCGGAUGUGAGUAUGCUGCAUUUGCUAGCCACCUUUCUGGAAAGUGCUCCACAGCUGGUCCUGCAGCUCUGCAUUAUCGUACAGACUCAUAGCUUACAGGCCCUCCAAGGUUUCACAGCAGCAGCUUCCCUCGUGUCCCUGGCCUGGGCCUUGGCCUCCUACCAGAAGGCCCUCCGGGACUCUCGAGAUGACAAGAAGCCCAUCAGCUACAUGGCCGUCAUCAUCCAGUUCUGCUGGCACUUCUUCACCAUUGCCGCCAGGGUCAUCACAUUUGCCCUCUUUGCCUCGGUUUUCCAGCUGUACUUUGGGAUCUUCAUCGUCCUUCACUGGUGCAUCAUGACCUUCUGGAUCGUCCACUGUGAGACAGAAUUCUGUAUCACCAAAUGGGAAGAGAUUGUGUUCGACAUGGUGGUGGGGAUUAUCUAUAUCUUCAGUUGGUUCAAUGUCAAGGAAGGCAGGACACGCUGCAGGCUAUUCAUUUACUAUUUUGUGAUCCUUUUGGAAAAUACAGCCUUGAGUGCCCUCUGGUACCUCUACAAGGCUCCCCAGAUUGCAGACGCAUUUGCCAUUCCAGCGCUGUGUGUGGUGUUCAGCAGCUUUUUAACUGGUGUUGUUUUUAUGCUGAUGUAUUAUGCCUUCUUUCAUCCCAAUGGACCCAGAUUCGGGCAGUCACCAAGUUGUGCUUGUGAGGACCCAGCUGCUGCCUUCACUUUGCCCCCAGACGUGGCCACAAGCACUCUACGGUCCAUCUCCAACAACCGCAGUGUUGUCAGCGACCGCGAUCAGAAAUUCGCAGAGCGGGAUGGGUGUGUACCUGUCUUUCAAGUGAGGCCCACUGCCCCAUCCACCCCAUCAUCUCGCCCACCACGGAUUGAAGAAUCAGUCAUUAAAAUUGACUUGUUCAGGAAUAGGUACCCAGCAUGGGAGAGACAUGUUUUGGACCGAAGCCUCCGAAAGGCUAUUUUAGCUUUUGAAUGUUCCCCAACUCCUCCAAGGCUGCAGUACAAAGACGAUGCCCUUAUUCAGGAGCGGUUGGAGUAUGAAACCACUUUAUAAAGCAAAAGGAGUUGCAGGACCCACAACAUCCAGAUGAAGGGGUGACAGCAGGGCUGUGGCCAUAAUGACACUUCAUCCUAGAGCAGGGCAGUGAGCUGUGAAGUUCCUAGUGGGACCGUCAUCACCAUUAUUAUUUGAUCCUGUCGGCUGGGGGUGGCUGGUCUCCUUCCAAAGCAGCUGCACCCGAGAGUCUCUGACUCCACCUGAAAGAAUGACACUGGCCUAGUAGGACUCUCCAUUGCUACCAAACUCCUCCUGCACGGUCUUGGGUGCACCCACCAGAGGGUACUAUUAUUAUGGAAAAAUUUUGCCUCCAAUCAUUAGGGUGUCUUGAUGGUGUUAACUGAUCUUUCCAUAAAAAUAGAUUCAGUCAUACACACAUACACACACUAACACACACAAGUUACACCAGUCCUCUGUCAAAAAGGCUUAGGUGACUUUUCUAGAUGCAAAGCUCUGAUUCCCACAGGAAUAUAAAAACAAAGAAAGAGAGAAAUAUCCCUCGAGAAAAAAAUAGUAUUGCUUAGAAAAGAAUUCAUAAACCAUUUUCUCAUUUGGAAAUCCAUACCAUGUGUGAAAAUCCUAUCCAAUGGACAGCAGACCCAAAUGUUGUUUACACAUGUGUUAGCAUUGAUGGAGUGGUUCAUUUUCUACACAUUUCAGGAUUUGUUUUAUAUUUUAAAUUUUCAGUUGCGAACACCCUUUUUGACAGAAAUCCUAUGCAGCCCAUGUAUGCUUUCGACAAGACCAAGGAGCUCAAUAACUUCAUGAUGUAAAUUAAAUAGUAAUCAUGAUUCAGUAUUCAAUUGCAAAAAUGUAACAGGUACACAAAGAGGAAGCGGGGAAAAAGGCAAAAUGAGAGUCUGAUUCCCAGGCGUGUGCAGCGCCCAUUGGGACAUAAAGGCAGUGCGGCGCGAGCCAGAGGAAUGGGCUGGAACCGGAUCUGUUUCCAGACGCAGAAUGAGUGGCUCUGUGUGACCACAGGCAGACGCCGACUCUGGAAGACGCCGUGCCACUCCUUUCUAGUGCCAAACACCAUCCAACCACAGGACUGGCGUGGAAGCCCCAAACAACUGAGAAUGAGUGGCAUGAGCCCCCUAAAAGCAGGCGAGAGAAGGAGCAAUCAAGUUCUCCACUGUGUACAGACGUUUCCUCCCCCCAAUCCAAGGUCAAAGUGAUGUGUCUUUUAGAGGCUUUGGGACACUUUUUAGUAAGUAUGAGCAGACAAAUGCAAUGAAUAUGCUAUGAAAAAACCCUUCUGAACUGAGAGAGGGCUUAUCACUAUAUCCAGCUAAGAUUUGUAUUUGAAUCAUCUGUAAAGUCGCACUCUUACAACAAGCUUCUGGGUUUUAAAUACCUCCGUACAGCAAGUAAACGUUCCCUGCUUUCUGUUCUCAGUGUCCUCGGUCAUGGUGCUUUUCGUUGCAUUAAAAGUGCCGGUCAAACUUUAAUAGUAUUUUUUUAUAGUUGGUGCAGAGUGGAAUAACUCAUGGAUUAUUUCAAUAUUUUUGUAAUGAAAAAUAUAGGGUAUACACAUAGGCAUCAUCACUUUUUUUAUAGACCUGGAAUCGUUUAAAAUACUUUAAGCAUCAUAAUUACUUGGGAUGUCAGAAACGUCCACAAAUUCCGUCAGCCUGCCUCAGCAGAUUGAAAACAUUUGUCUCUUGCAAGAUCACCCUACUUUGCAAGUUGGUGCCCCCAGGAACCUGGCCAGGGGUGCUAUCAGAAUAUCAAGUGAAGAGAGAAUCAGCUUAAAUAGAAAGGGCUUGUCAAGACUGGCCAAUGUUUCCCAGGAAAUCAAAGAUGUAAAUGAUUACUUUCAUCCAUCCAUUAUAACAAACCUGACCACAGUGGAAGAUGUCUUAAACUUCCUUCCCUGGUUUUAUAUUAACCCAACUGAUAGAUUAAGUAUUAGUCAAACCACUAAAAAAGAAAAAGAAAAAAGUUUAACUUAAUUAUUUGGUUAUUUGGACUAAUUCACAUAAAGUAGUCCAGUUCUCUAGCCACCACCUGUAAUGGGUGUGUCAUCCAGAGACUGUAUCCCCACGAUGACAUCCACAGGAAGUAACAGAGGGCUCAACCUAGGACUUCUUUUGGUACAAAGCCCCAAAUCAAUUUUUUUUAAAAAUAGACAAUUUUUAUAAGUAGACAUACUUCCUAGUACUCCAUGAUUUGAUCCUCCCAGCAAGAUUUCCACUAAAAAAUACUAAUCUUUUUUUGGGAUGUGGAAAGAUUACCUAGUCACCAGUAAAGGCCCAGGAAAAGGCUCUUCUUGCCAGCACAUGGUGAAAACAUUCCACCCCCACUGUAGAAGGAAAAAAUGAUUUUGGCAAAUUCUUCACUUUUGUGCAGAACCUUGAGUUAUUAGCUUCAUUGUUUCCAAGACAACUUUUAACUGAUGAUCUUUGGAAAUUGAGUUUCUCAGCUGAACUGUACCUUUGAUUCUAUGAGUAAAUCACAGAUUACAAUCUAAUAGAGUCAAUCAAUCAACACAAACCCAACAGGCCCCAUCAUGCUUCAAUCAUAAACAUCUUGGAGCUUGUCAAGCUUUACUGGAGGUGAUUUGCAGUUAAUUAAUUCAACAGACACUUUAAUCUUGCAAAUUCUUGACUUGUAAUAUUGUAACCAAGCUCCUGCAAGGGAACAUUAAUCAGUUAGUGAAAAAGGAGCACUUCCGUUCAGCCGUAGUACCAUGACGUGCACAGGCCUGAAGAGAAAGACCUCCGUGAAGUGGAGCACUAGUGAAUUCCUGCUACCUGCUUCUCAUUGCUCAUGCUAUGAAUAUUCAUCUGCUUCAUUUGUUUUUUCCAGUAAACGCUGUUUUGAAAAAAAAGAAAAAUAUUCCCGGGGGCUUGCAUAGCUCACUCAGAGAACGGAGUACUGGGUCGUGGAGACUUGCUUUAAAUGGAUUCAAAUCCACAUGUUUGGAAAUGAAAAUAAUGCACUGUCAUCUGUUGAAUAAUUGAUCUGUCUGAGUACAGUUGCUGCUUUUAUUUCGUUUCUUGAGACUACCAUUGUCAGCAUUGUAAUAACCAAUUUAUAAAAAUUGAGUUUUUAUUCAGUUUCAGAGUAAAAUCUGCAUGGGUGCAGCUACUGAAUAAUUUGAUUCCAGCCUUCCUAGGUGGUGACAUUAGCAGUUCCAAACCAAGAUCCAUUUCUAUGUGGAAUUGGCUAUCCUGUUGCUUCUCAGGCCCUGCAAAACCUUGGUUACGAGCUCAAAGAUCACGAAUCUGAUAUUCUUUUUUUUUUUUUUGAGACAGAGUCUUGCUCUGUCGCAGGGGCUGGAGUGCAGUGGCACAAUCUCGGCUCACUGCAAGCUCUGCCUCCCAGGUUCACACCAUUCUCCUGCCUCAGCCUCCCGAGUAGGUGGGACUACAGGUGCCUGCCACCACGCCUGGCUAAUUUUUUUGUAUUUUUUAUUAGAGAUGGGGUUUCACCGUGUUAGCCAGGAUGGUCUCUAUCUCCUGACCUUGUGAUCUGCCCGCCUUGGCCCCCCAAAGUGCUGGAAUUACAGGCAUGAGCCACCACGCCCGGCCCCGAUAUUCUUAAUGACUAAAUUUUCACAUAGAGGUAAACAGGUCAUCUCUUAAUUGAAGACUUGGUUCUUUCUCCCUUGCUUCUGGUUUUGUUUUGUUUUUUUUUUUUCUCAAAGAAAGAUUUGAGCUACAAGAUAAGAAUGAAGUUACCAGAAGUUAUCAGGUCAUAGUUUCACAGUAUGCAAGAGAGUCAGGCCUUCAUAUGUUCUUGUAAAGUUUUCUGUCUAAUCUUUUGGUGUAACAAUUUUAGGAGUUCACCCUAGAUGAAAGAGUGGAAGUCAUCAAAUUUGUCAACAAGCAGUCUAGAGGAAAAAUGAGAAGAGGAAGAAACAGGGAUUCUUUUUCUUGUGUUUCGAAGAUGUUUCUCCUCCCUAAGCUAUCACCUUGGUAGUUAUCACCAAAAUGUAUAAUAACAAGCACUACUGAAUGAUCUUCCCAGUUAUCAGCACUAGUAUCACGGCGAGUCAGUUUUCAGAACUAGCUCUUGGUGCAAGCCCUGAAAUAAAAUGGGGAUAAAAAGUGGUCUACCACCAUGUGACUUAUUUUCAAUUGCCAAGCAAUGAAAACUAACAAGUUAAAGAAAAUGUUCAUUUUCUGAACCCCAGAGCCCACAUAGGUACAAAGAUAAUCUGUAAUGUACAAUGAGGUGGCCAAUCGUGGGGAUAUAGGAGCAAUAAAUAGUACUCUUAAGCAAGGUUCAUGGGUAAGAGUUACUCUAGCGGGAUGGGGUGUUGGGUCAGAGGGUAUCUGUUAAUGUAGAGGCCCAAGUAUGGUGAUGAAGAGAAAACCUGUCAGUGGCUCAUCCAUAGUAUUUGCCUUUUCACAGAGCAGAGAAGUUCAAAAUAGUCACUGCCAGUCCAUAACUAUAACAACAGACAUGUCCACUUUGGAAAGGCUAGGGCCUGACCAAAAUGGGAAAACAGAGGUGUCAGUGGUGUCAUGUCUAAGAGUGACUCUGUCAUUAGGGGAACCCACCCCUCGUGAUAGCUCUCCUUGACCACUGGCCCUUAUGGGCUCUGCAGGAGAGCUUCUGGUGGGUUCUAAGAUAAGGUAUUCCAAGGUAUUGUAAGUCACCCUUGUUUGUAGAACAUGAACAACUUAACCAUCCCUCUUUUUAACAGCAAUGAGAUUCAGGGUUACCAUGGCCUUACUCAUCUUCCCAUUGUAAAUAUAUCACGAUAUCACAAGAGCCUCUGUGUCCAAACACACUAAACUGGGUUUACAAGCAUUAGAAUCUUUCACUCAUAUUGUGAAUCUCAAUUCUGCCAGUCACCUAGUCUGUGUAUCUAUUCCCAAACUGGAAAAAAUAAUUCUUGUGAGAAUAAUUUUCAGAAUAAUGGAAGUGGAAAGAAAUGAACAGUUAAGCAAUUUUUCAACAUAGACAAAACCACUGGACCAUUGAUAGCCCUCAAGCUCUGAUUCUUCCUCCUAAGUUUCUUUUCUGUGGGGGGCUUUCAAGGUCUGAAUUUUCCAGAUGAUUGCUGAACCAUCAUCACUAAACAAAAGUAGACAAGGAGUUAUUAAAAAAUAAAGACUGUCCACAUGACUGCAAAUAUCCUGAUGAAAAGUGGCAAAGUAGGUCACUCAAGUGGUAAAUUUGGUCUUCAUGAUAUCAAACAUACGGAUAUUUGGAAAAGUCGAGAUGUUUGAAUCAUACAGUUUUUUGUCUGGGUGUCUGGUGUUUCUGGAUAGACAGACUGCUCAGGUGUUGUAAGUAAUGGAAUUGAACUUUCUUGCACUGUAAGCAAUUGCUGGUCAUAUUCUGCUGCUAAAAGUCUCUUCGUUGUGCAAAGAGAAAUAAUGCAGAGCAAAUGAUAUUUAAUUCUUAUUUACUUUCAGCAAAUACAUGAAUGAAAGAGGCCAGGUAGGCUGUCCUGGGCAUUCUGGGCCUGGCUGCAGCAUACCCUCCUUCUCUCAGCCCCUGCCAGGCAAGAAACUUUCUUUUCAGUCUUUGCUAUCUUUCAUAAAUUGUAUCAUUGCUCUUCUGCUGUUCAUAUCAUCUUAGUUAUUCACAAAGUCUACUUGAUAAAAUGGCUCAAGGGAAAUACAAGUUUGUUAAGUUUUUAUUCUUCAAAUAGAAGUUUUAAUUUUAAGCAUUCCUUAUGAUAUUUUUUAAGCCUAAAAACCAUUCAAACUGCUUGACAAAAUUAUUUCAUGGUGAAUUUUAUGAUGUUGAUAGAAGUAAAAGCUAUUUUUCCCAAACCAAACAAAAUAUCAUACAUAGUUUUUUGGGUUUGGUUUGUUGAUGUCAUGCCAAUUUCCAAGCACCAACUGGUUACCACGAACAUGGGAAUAUUUAGUGAUUUCUUUGUAGUCAUCGUUAAAAUUCCUGGGAAAAAAAGAAAAAGUUUACGUCAAAGGAAAAUUCACUUCCCAGAAGGAAAGUUUGAGAUGUUCAUCCUGAUAUUUGCAUUCCUGAUUAUUUGUGGACAUUUCUUCAUUGUAACAGUAGGAAGCUGAGCUUGUUUCUCCUGAUUUGACACUGGGUUGGUGAGCAUUGUCUCAAAUUUUGUGGUUGCCUCAUUUAUGGUCCUGAAGCUUAGCAGAAAAACAGACAAGCUAUUCAGACCAGUUUUCUUUAAGAGCACUUAUGUUGCAGAACAUGAUACAAAUGAUUUACCAUGAGCAGGCACACAGAGUACCGAAAGGUAUUCAGCUCUGCAAGGAUAUUGAGGGGAUUUCCAGAGAAAACUUAAAUGUUUUGAAGAUUUGUAGGUAGGGUUUUGAUUGUGUCACAUUCUACACUCAGUGCCAAGUUAGAAUGACUUUAUGGGGAAGGCAAUAAAGUUACUUGUUGAGUCCUUCCUUCCCUUACAUGCAGAAUGUUUUUAUGAAAUCAAAUGGAUCCUCCACUUUGUGUAGCAAGGACCCCCCAGGCCCCACAACAUCAUCACUGUGAGUCCUAUCGCAGAUGUGUGUACCAGCCCAAUUCAGUUUUGCUUUUCUUUUUCCCUGAGAUUUUCACUUCACCAAAUCCCAUUUCAAAUCUUUUUGCCUUCAUGUUACCAACAGGAUGUUUAGUUGAAUCACAACAAAGAGGUGACAAUCUAUUGUCCUCCACAAAAGCAUGAGUCAUUUUAUUCAGUGAUCUUUGGUAGUAUGAUAAUCAAUGGAAUUUAUGGUGUCGUAGAAAACCAAAAAUCCCUGUGUUCAAUAUGUUGACUGUCUUAAAUAUACUUAAAUAUGUUAUUCUACAAAACAAUAUGCUUUUACACUAUGGGAUGGAUUCCUUUCUGGAUGCAGGGAUGGGAGGGGCUAUGGGUCAGUGACUGGGACAAAGGAACUGGGAAUCUCUGCACAACUGAGCCCUAAUCCCUGGUCCAUCUCUCCAGCCUCGGAAAUUCACCCUCGGCCUCAUUUUUCCCAUAUGCAAAAGAGAGAUAUUUAUUUACCUACCUCAUAGGGGUGUUGUGGAGAUUAGCUAGAUUUGCUAAAGUACUUGUAGGUUAGAAAGUGCUGUCAUUCCUGAGAACUGGCAUUAACAGAGGAGAGCUGUGUGCAGCACGGAGGAAGUGGAGUCUGAGGAACACAACAGCGAUAACUCACCAAGCAGAGAAUACAAUGGUUCUUCAUCACUAUAUAAAACUAACACUUUUCCUUCAAAGGUCUAUGUAUAAUUUUCUUCAAUGAUUAGCUUUUUAAUGAGACAACCCCUUUCAUCCAGACAUUGAGAUGCUUUAUAUAAGUUGGCAAUUUUCCUAUUAACCAGACUGAAUUUUACUAAAUGUUUAUUAAACUGCACCCAGAAAACUUGUCUCCUCCUGAUGCCUGAGGGGUUUGCAUGCCUGAUCCUAAGCUGCAUUUUUUCAGAAUGCAUGCAUGAUGCCCCAGUUCUGUACUCAUGAUCACCAGGUGGCGUUCUGAAAUCCACUACCGGGGAAAGAUUUUUAACAGAUAUUAGUGAGAUUAGAGUUGGUGUUAUUUCCAUUGAGUAUCCUCGUCACCCCUAAGAUGACACAUCUUUACAACACAAUAUAAGAAUAUAAAGCCUUAUUUCCGCCUGGAACUCCUGAAUUGAUUUAUUUUCACGUUAUAACUACAUUUCAAAUAUUUCAGAGAAGUUUUUACACAGGGCUUCAGCUAUAUAUUGAUAUACAUAUGCUUACACGUGCUUAAGUGGGAAUUCUACUGAAGGAUAAAGGAGACAGUGAGAAAACAGUAUCAGAGAAUAUCCUGCACAACUUCCCCAAAAGUGACAAGUUUUCUUGUACUUAAAAAUUUAAUCCUGAUAAGAACUAAUGUGAAAUAACAUGAUUUUGGUUUAUAAAUAUUUGUAAUUUUUGAGACAUAGAGGCAAUAUCGUGAUACAGGAAUACAUCCAUAAAACUAGACUAGCAAAGCAGAUAAUGUUUUCAUGAUAUGGCUUCAUGAGGCAAAGUUGUUGUACAUCAAUAUUAUCAUUGUGCCCUUAUUUAAUGAUUAUAUUCCAUUGUGAAAAAAUGUGCACACUCUUAGAAAUAUAAAAUGGGUUUCAGAAAGUUUACCUUGAGAAGUGGGUUUGAAAUCAUCUUGGGCUUGGAGCUGACAUAAGAUACGCACUCAAUAUAAUCUCUUCUGGAUUCUAGAGUCUAAUUGGCAGUGAUAUUUCAAAGCCUUAAUAUUUCGAGGUGGUUAAUUAAUAUCUAAUGCAUGGUAUUAAACUUUCUGAAGCAUGAAUUUAACCUAGGCAAUUAUCUGAUUCAUUUUUUUUUAAGUUUGGGCUGCCAUACCAGACUGAAGUAUUGUUUUUCUAGACUAAUACUAUGAGAAUAGUGAGUCAAAAAAUAAUUGGGACUGUCCUUUUUCCCCCACCCAGUUCCUAGUAUCAAUACUUCCCCAACCAGAAAUGCAGCAGAAUAUCCUUUUUGUUAUAAAGGAAAAUACUGUGUUUUUAUUUGUCUUUGCAGAAGAAAACUGGUGUUGCCUAUUGGGACUAGAUGUAGGGGCCUGGAGGAAGGAAGUGGCAGCUUUGCAGGUGGGGUGACCAGGAUGGGAGGAAGAUAGUGGGGCGAGUAUGUCAUGGGGAGAUUUUGCCACAAAGAUACAAAACAGAAUUGAAGUGUGUUAGAGCUGGAAAACCCUUUGAAAUGACAGAGUCUAGAUUCUUCACCAAACAGAUGAAAAGACAAGUAGAGACAACAUGUACUUGAGAUAUAAGCUAUACAUCUCAUCACUGGAAGAAAGGAGACUUCAGCCUCUUCAAGGCUUUCCAGACCACAUGGAACUCUCCAGAGCCCUCCUUGAAAGUUUUUAGAAAAACUACAAUUUUCAGCAAAGAUUCAUGUGAUUAUGCCGCUGAGGACCAGUCAUUCUGUAAACAUCACAUAUGUGAUGCUUUGUAAAUGUAUUAAUUGUGGUUAACUUUCAUGGAUAUUUCCCAUUAACAUUGUAUUCCAUGAACAAGUGAUAGAAAACAUAAGGAAAUUCUCUUUUGAUCAAAAGGAGUGUCUCCCAAUUAGUUUACAUGUGUUAGUAUUGCUGACAUAUUAUUAUCAUCACAAAAUUCCUUUUAUAUCUAGAUGGUAUCAAAUAAGAAAAGAAUGCAUCAUUUGGUCAAUUGCUUAUUGAAGAUCCCAUCUGAAGCCUUUCUUUGGUAAAGAGGGCAGAAAGAGACCAUAGCUAUUCUUGGAUGAGAACCUUGCCUCUACUAAAUAGUUUCUGCUUUUCUCUCUGUAGCCAGACAGCUCAAUAGCCUAGGGAGAAAGUCGAUGAAGGAUAUGCAAAUUACAUUUUUCCCAUUCUCAGAACAAAGACAGCAACCAAUGAGCCAGAGGUUUCUUCCCUCUUUGAAACCAAAUAGCACACUGAAUUUAGGGCUAUGACAAAAAUGUUGUUAAAGCAAGAGCAAAAUCAACCUUCUUAUGGAUUCUUUUCUCAGUGUUUACUUAAUUCUUUUUGCAGUUUGGAUUGGAGUUUCUAGUAAUGAUAAUUAAUGCCAUUUUACACGAUAGCUUCAAUGCAGAAAUGGUGUGAGCCUGAGUUACAAAUGAGAUGACCAGGGAUACAAAUUUCGUCUGUACUGACAUCCUACCAAGCAGAUUGGAAACAAAUACUACCACCACUAAUAUUCUGAUUUAAUUAAUAACAUCUAAUAGAAAAACAGAAACGUGCUUAGCAUGAAACCAUUGCACAAUAUAAACCUGCUCCCAAAUGGCAAGGAUUUUUGCUACCAAUAUUUGUUCUUAAUUCUCCAGUUAUUUUAAGUAAAUAAGUUUCACAUCUAACUACCUCAGCUACUGUUGUUUUAUUUAGAAACAUGAAACCAUGCACUUUGUAAUCAAUAAGGUCUUUCGUUUAAAAUUUCAAAAGGAUACUUGGUGCAAAGCAAUUUUCAAAAAUUUGUACAUGAUAUACGCCACCCAAUCUCAGGAGGUUGUACUUAAUUUUGUUUGUUUCUAAGGUUGGUUUUUGGUAAAAUCCUUAUUUCCACUCAACAUCAAGAUAAGCUGCUCUAUAUUUGCUUAAUUUGCCUUAAACAUUUUGUGCUCCUUUCCCUGUUCAAUUUUUUUGUUUUGUUUUAAAUCUAUCUCUGAAAAAAAAUGGAACAGGUGGCAGGUGAACAGCAAAUGGAAGAGAAUGGACCAGUAAUUUCUCAGUCCCCUGUUGUCAACUAUCUGCAUGACAUUCUGAUUGUGCAAAAAUGCCAUUCCUGUGCUUCCCCCUCCAUUACAGAAAUAAGGUCCAAGAGACGCCACGAGUGUGCGUAGGGAACAGUGUAGACAUUUCCCCCAGUAUGAGCACAGUGCCUGGACCCGAAUGAUCAUCUUGGCAGUUCUUGUGCUUUUACUUUGUAAACAUUGUACAAAUGUAUUUGGAAUUUUAUUUGAAAUGGAGACUUAAACUAGUUAUUAAAUUUGUUUCCUUCCCUUCCUGUAAAUAUAUAUAUUCGAAUUCCAUGUAUCCAAACAUCCCUUUAGCCUUCAGAUUGUGAGUGUGUCUUUAUUCGCGGGAGGCCACUGUCAGCAGGCAGUGACCCCCAGUGCCCUAGUUUGAAGCACAGUGUGUGGAGUAUUUGAUGUACUACAGUGCCAUAGUUAUUUUGGUCUGUUAAGUUGCGAUCUGUGAUGAAAUGAAGUGGAAAGUAGUACUUCAUAAUGAACAAAUUUCCUUGGUUACAUGGUUUUUCCUGUAAAACUUAAAGAAAAAAAGAAAACUUGAAAUUUUAUAUAUUUGGAUUUUGUAGGUUUUUUUUCUUUAUUUUAAUGCAACACAAGGUACCAAAAUCAUUAAAUAAAGUACACUGUGGUCAUUUUAACAGAAA